AUGCAAAUUUUUGUCAAGACUUUGACCGGUAAAACCAUAACAUUGGAAGUCGAAUCUUCUGAUACUAUUGAUAACGUCAAGUCAAAAAUUCAGGACAAAGAAGGUAUUCCUCCAGAUCAGCAGAGAUUGAUCUUUGCUGGUAAGCAACUGGAAGACGGUAGAACCUUGUCCGACUACAACAUCCAAAAGGAGUCCACUUUACAUUUGGUGUUAAGACUAAGAGGUGGUAUGCAGAUCUUUGUUAAGACGCUGACUGGUAAGACCAUUACUCUGGAGGUCGAAUCUUCCGACACGAUUGACAACGUCAAGUCGAAAAUUCAAGAUAAGGAAGGUAUUCCUCCAGACCAACAGAGAUUGAUUUUUGCCGGUAAGCAACUGGAAGAUGGUAGAACGUUAUCCGACUACAAUAUUCAAAAGGAAUCUACUCUCCACUUGGUCUUGAGAUUGAGAGGUGGUAUGCAAAUUUUUGUCAAAACUCUAACUGGUAAAACUAUAACCCUAGAGGUUGAAUCUUCCGACACUAUUGACAACGUCAAAAGUAAGAUCCAAGACAAAGAGGGUAUCCCACCAGAUCAACAAAGACUUAUUUUUGCUGGUAAGCAACUGGAAGACGGUAGAACACUGUCUGAUUAUAACAUUCAGAAAGAAUCUACGUUGCAUUUAGUGCUGAGAUUGAGAGGUGGUAUGCAGAUUUUCGUUAAGACACUGACGGGUAAAACCAUAACCCUCGAGGUUGAAUCGUCUGACACUAUUGAUAACGUCAAGUCAAAAAUUCAGGACAAAGAAGGUAUUCCUCCAGAUCAACAGAGAUUGAUCUUUGCUGGUAAGCAACUGGAAGACGGUAGAACCUUGUCCGACUACAACAUCCAAAAGGAAUCUACUUUACAUUUGGUGUUAAGACUAAGAGGUGGUAUGCAGAUCUUUGUUAAGACGCUGACUGGUAAGACCAUAACCCUCGAGGUUGAAUCGUCUGACACUAUUGACAACGUGAAGAGCAAGAUUCAGGAUAAGGAAGGUAUUCCUCCAGACCAACAGAGAUUGAUUUUUGCCGGUAAGCAACUGGAAGAUGGCAGAACGUUAUCCGACUACAAUAUUCAAAAGGAAUCCACUCUCCACCUGGUCUUAAGGUUGAGGGGUGGUAAUUGA